UAAAAAUGGAUAGACAAAUAGGAGACAUGCUAAAUUCAGAAACCAUAAUUGAAGAAGACUUGCAAAAUGUGAGGGAUUUUGAAAAUGUUAUAAUGAAAACCAAAACUUAUGCUGGGCACGAGCGCGAAAUUAUCGACAUUCUUGCUGAAGAUCUUGAAAGUUCAGAGAACUUAGAGGAGUAUGUUAGCCGCAAACCUGAGGAUUUUGAUCCUAAAGAGCUGUUAGACCAUAAUUUUCAUGCUUAUAAAUAUACUAGAGGACAGCUGAUAGACUGGAUAAUGAUUAUUUUCGAUCAGCUUGAGUUGACAUCAGAGGUUUAUCAAGACAAACUCAGAGACUUUUUGGUCAAUAUCUGCAAUGCUUACAGAAGAGUACCCUACCACCACUUUACUCAUGCCUUCUCUCUUACUAAUGCAGCCUAUUGGAUUUUGAAGAAUAUCGGAGGUCCAUCGAAUGAGGAUGGCAUGUACAAAUUCUUCUCAAAGGAUGAUAUCCUUGGCAUUAUACUUGGAUGCAUUGGUCAUGAUGUGAACCAUCCUGGCAUGAACAAUGCAUACCUUAUCAAGACUAAGGACAACCUCUUCGAGUUAUGCUCCAAGUACACUGAUGAUGACUGCAUGACAACUGAUAGUGAUGACAGCAUGUCUAGCCAUGUCCUUGAGGGACUCGGUACUGAUAAUAAGAACAGUGUUCUGGAGAACAUGCAUUUAAAAAUCAUGAUGCGUUAUAUGGAUAUCCUCCCAAAGGAUAAAGCUGAAUCUGUCUCUCAGGCUAUUGCUGAAGGCAUUUUAUGAACUGAUAUGUCUAAGCACGGUGCUUUAGUCGAGAAAUUAAAGACUAUUGGAGACAAAUUUAGAGAAAAUGAUUCGUACACUCCAACUCAAGAAGAGAGAACAUUCUUGGCUGCAAUGAUAGUCCAUGCUUGCGAUCUGAGCGGUCUUAUUUUGGACUAUGAUCAUUCCUUUAAAUGGGGAAUGAGGAUUGCUCAAGAAUUUCAUGACCAGUACUCGGCUGAGGAGAAAUUGGAUCAUGAGAAAUAUGGUCCACCUAUGUCUUUCCUCAAAUACUCAGGUGUCAAAGCCUUUAAAAAGUCCCAAGCUGGGUUCUGUGAGAACAUUAUUUUGCCAAUGUGGCAAGUUUUAUUUGAUAUACUACAAUUCGAUAAAGUAGUAAUAGAUAGCAUUCAGGAGAAUCAAAAACUAUUACUGGAGGGUUCAGCCUAAUUUCAUUAGAGUCUCUUGUUGAGGAUGGCGAGAUGCCAAUACCUAUCAAGAGCAAAUAUAUACUCAAUAU